AUGCCAUCGCACAGUGACAAGCAGGAGCCGGCGGUCUCGCCGAUCGAGUCGCCUGUCCAUACGCCGCUAUCUGGGCAUAAUGCCUCUCCCCAGAUCGGCGUCGAGCGCAAUCCCGACCUUGCUCUCGACUACGCCCACGAGCACACUCACCCACACCUUCACCAUGGCGAGACAGCCGCCAGGGAGGCGGACAAGGAGCACGAGAUAAUGUACUCGACGGGAACCACUGGCCGUCAGGGCGGCACCGAUCUGUUGGACGGUCCGACAAAGGCGCCGCACAGCCAGACCACGGGAGCAAACCAAUUGGCCGAGGAAAAGGACGUGGAGAACUCGUUGAGCAACGAGGAGAACGGCAAUGUCGGUUCUAUCCGCCGCCGCAAGGGCGAACAGGAAUCGUGGCUGCGGUAUAUCUACCGUCGCUAUCGACCGUUCUUCCAUGCUUUCAUCUGGAGUGUGUGGACCGCCUGGUGGAUCUUCGGUCUAGUCUACCACCGCAGUGACAAUUACGGCUGGCUGAAGCCGUUCCUGCUGUGGCUCGCCAUCACGCUCCGCAUCAUUACCCUCUGGGUCCCGGUGUCGUAUGUCAUGCGGCCCGUGAAGUUCAUCUGGAAGAGCACCGCGACCCGGGUCCAUGAUAAGAUUCCCUCAAAGUUCCGCCAGCCGCUGGCCGCCGUCGUCACGCUCGCCGUCUUCCUCAUCGGGUCCUUUGUCCCCGAGGAGACCGGUGACAACACGCGCGCGAACCGGGCCAUCUCCAUCUUCGGCCUGCUGGUCAUGAUCUUCCUGCUCUGGCUCACGUCCCGCGACCGGAGGAAGAUCGCCUGGCACACCGUCAUCGGCGGCAUGCUAACACAGUUCAUCAUCGCCGUAUUCGUCCUGCGCACCAAGGCCGGCUUCGACAUCUUCGACUUCAUCUCCUUCCUGGCGCGCACCCUGCUGGGCUUCGCCAACGAGGGCACCGUCUUCCUGACCAACGAGGACGUGCCGAAGCUGGGCUUUUUCCUGACCGGCGUGGUGCCGCCCAUCAUCUUCUUCGUCGCGCUCGUCCAGCUGCUCUACCACACGGGCCUGCUGCAGUGGUUCGUCGGCAAGUUCGCCGUCUUCUUCUUCUGGGCGCUCCGCGUCUCGGGUGCCGAGGCCGUCGUCGCGGCUGCCACCCCGUUCAUCGGCCAGGGCGAGUCGGCCAUGUUGAUCCGGCCCUUCGUGCCUCAUCUCACCCGUGCCGAGCUGCAUCAGAUCAUGACCUGCGGUUUCGCGACCAUUGCGGGCUCCGUGCUUGUGUUCUACAUCUCCCUGGGCCUCAAUGCGCAGGCCCUCGUUUCCUCCUGCAUCAUGUCCAUUCCGGCCUCGCUCGCUGUAUCCAAGAUGCGCUACCCCGAGACGGAAGAGACGCUGACCUCGGGAAGAGUCGUUAUCCCGGACGACCAGGAGCACGAGGCUGUCAACGGUCUCCACGCCUUUGCGAACGGUGCCUGGUUGGGUAUCAAGAUCGCCGGCAUGAUCAUCGCCACGCUUCUGUGCAUUAUCGCCUUUGUCGGGAUGGUCAACGCCUUCCUGACCUGGUGGGGACAUUACUGGAACAUUAACAACCCGGUAUUGACCAUCCAGUUCGUCCUAGGAUACAUUCUGUACCCGGUGGCGUGGUUGCUCGGCGUCCCUAAGCAAGAUCUCCACCCCGUGGGCGAGCUGAUCGCCGAGAAGAUCAUCAUUAAUGAGUACGCCGCCUUCAAGAAGCUCACUACGCUUGAGCCUUUCAAGAGCAUGGCUCCGCGCUCGCGAAUCAUUGCCACCUAUGCAGUUUGCGGCUUCGGAAACAUCGGCUCGCUGGGCACUCAGAUCGGAGUGUUGUCGCAGAUUGCCCCGGGGCGUGCCGGUGAUGUGUCUCGUCUCGCGCUUUCGGCUUUGUUCUGCGGUGUUUUGUCGACCCUCACCUCUGCCAGUAUCGCUGGCAUGCUUUUCACCGACCACAUGCUGUAA